AAUGAAGGGCGAUAACUCGAUCUUCAUUCAUUAUCAUUUUAUCCCAGAUGAGCAUCUUAUUUUUAUUUAAUGAUGAACGAUGAAGGUGAUUGAGUGUUUUAUGACAGGAUUUGUUUACCACUAAUUGUUAUAGAUGGUGUUGAGAUGACAGAGUAACUAUGUCUGUGAAGCCCGACUCCUUGACCCCUCUCACAGUAUUAAUCAUCUCCCUACUACCCUGUUGUUUCUGUGUUCAGAAGGCCGUCACGAUAGAGGACCCCUGUACUGAUGGACAGACAUACACGCUCGGUCGUGAUGGCUUGAUCGUCAUUAAGGCCAUCGGGAACAAGUUUUUUACUGGUUCCUGUUUGGUAACUUUGCGGGCAGAGGACCCUCGCUAUCAGUGCUCCAAGCUGUGCUUCUCUGUGGAUGCCUUUAAGCUUCAGACCUGUGGUCUACGACUUGCCUUCUAUGAUACCGGUGUAUGGAAUUAUGGGUCAGCUCCGCCGGCCUGGGUUGGUGGCUGUCAGAACCAGAACAUUCAGAACAAGAAGUGGUGCAGUAGUGGGAGUACGGCGACUGUCAGACUGGAGAAUUUGCGCGGCUUCCCAGUCAGUAUGGUACAGAAGUACUCGUUCUACAUGACGGCGGUGUCUAUCUGUUCAGAGGAUGCUAGGAUACCACAGGAACAGAUAGCCGAGUCAGCAUUUGGAGACAGUAUGAGUGUAACAGUCAUUAUCAUCAUUGCUGUCCUGGGAUGUGUCACCAUCUGUACAUGUGUUAUUGUUAUAUUUCUGGUGUGGUACGUCAAACGCCGCACAGCUAUAGAACGAGAGAGGACUCGCGAUUAUACACUUCACAUACCCAGAUCAGCAUCAGAGAACUAUCACCCAGUACAAGCCACGGACAACGGUUGUCAUAGUGACCAAGAAACAUUUGGUUUAAUGAAGGAGUCGGUGCAGAACGACCGUAUCUGGCAGGAACCCAGUGCCCCUCCCCAGGAGGGUGAGGGGGAGGGACCCCAGGACCAGAGACCCCCCAGUUACUGCAGCACCCCACCAGAAUACAGACCGUUUGUCCCAAAUAAUGAACAGGCCUCCUCAAACCAAGAAAAGGUUUGAGGUCGGAGUGAGGUCAGAGGUCAUGACCUCACCUACAUUUCAUUUAAUCGCAUUAGAAAAUUUAAAAUUACACAAAUUUAUUCUGUUAAGUUUGACUCCAGAGUUUUCAGAAAGGAUUGCUGAUUUUAUUUUUGAACUAAAAGGAAGAAAUAUAUGUAUAAAAACACAGGUGUAGUUAAUUUCUAGUUCAAUAACAGGAUAUGAAUGUAGUUAAGUUAAUUGUUUACUUUCUCCUAGUAAGCCAUAAACACAUUUGUUUGUCAGUUUAAACUGUGCUAAUUAAAGGCUACAGUAUAAUAAAUCUUGAUGAGAUUAAGUGAAAAUUGUAUUUUCAUAUAUUUAUAUAUAAUUUUCAUAAUUGAAGAUGUAUUCUUCGUGUUGUUGUUAGUGUAUAUAGAUCUGUGAGAAUGAUAUGCUAGAAAAGCAUUUCACAAUUAAUUUUUUUUUUAAGUUGAAUAGAACAUUGCGCAAUGUACUACACAAAUUUUAAAUGAAUGUCUUUUUGUUCAUUUAAAAUGUUUGAAGAUUGAUUGUAGAAGAGUUUUGUUAUGAUACAAGGCCUAUUGUACCAAAGUUUUGUGUUAAAAUCAAUUCAGCAGGUUAAUUUUUUAUUCAGCCUAAUAUGUGUGUGCUUCAAUGUAAUUGAUGGUCAGUGGAAUCUUGUUCAUAUUAAUUGUGCCAUAUGCGAUAUCACGGAGGCAUUGAUUAUUUAGUUUACUUGAAUAUUGUAUAUGUGCUAAUUUUUACAGGGUAUUUUUCCCAUUUUUUUUUUAAUUUAUCCUUGAAUCUCUAGUUAUUGUUUUUGUUCUGUUAUAUAUACAUGUAACUUUAUUUGACACCUUUUUCAUUUAGAUUUGAAUUUUACAGUAAAAGCAAACAUUUUCUUCGGGCAUUGAGUUUACAAUUUUAUUUCGAGGAUAAGAUUUUGAUAAAAAAAUAAAUCUCAAAUGAAAACUUAAGUCUGGCAUUGACACUCUGAAACCCUAUCGACAUAAAAGUAACAAAUUCCUAUGUUAUUACCUCUUAUUUCCCAUUAGGAUCCUUUACAAAGAGGAAUAAAUUUCAUUUUCUUAAAUACUUGCAUAAGUGAGCAUAAAUAUUGCCAUGUUGUCAAAAUAUAGCACAGAUGUAAGAAAAGGAUUUAAAAGUUUGAAAAUUUCAUGAGAUAAGUGUACUAAAGAUAGACAUGUUGCAUAGCUAUCAUGAUGCACUAACAUGCUUCAUGAAAUAUAUGUUACCACGAAGCAUUGAACUCCAUGAAUUUCAAAUAAAUUCUGAAAAGUUGCUGUAAAAUCUCCCUUUGGUAUGAAUUUUCAUGAAAAUUUUACUUCUACAGUAUAUUACAUACUUUAAAAAAACAUGCCUGUGUUUUGAUAUACAAUGUGUUUGAAUGGUUGGUUCAGUCCAAGUCAUUUUUUAUUUAAACUUUUUAUUAAUAUGUUAUUGUAGUUUAGUGCAUUGAUUUAAAGCAGUCAUUAUUAUCUCAUGUAACUAAAUUUUUGCGAGCAUUUGUAUUUUCCACCCAUCAUGAGGUACAUUGACUUUGGUGUGUGGCAAACUGAUAAAUUGAUGAACAAGUAUGAGAUCAGCUCAAAUUUUUAUAGAUUAAUGGCUCUAAAUUUUGGAUUUUUCAGACCAGUAGACAUGCUGAUAGGCUGAUGUUGUUGAUUAAUUAGCUCAUCAAAAUAAGUAAUGCUUAUUUCUUCACCGUAAAUGGAAUAAUCAGUGAAGUACGUAAUACUGAACCACUUAUACCUGAUUAGAGUGUUCAAUCUGCUCAAGUUGUCCAGCAGGCAUUUUGGUCUUUUUUGGAUUAUUUUAAUUUGUUAAUGAAAUAAAAUAUUGCAUCUGUAUAAGAUACUAAUUUAAAUUCAGUGUUUUUCCCCCAGUGAGCUUUAGAAUUUUGCUUGCAUAAUUUUUAAUUUUCUUGCAGAUCAUGAUUUUUUAAUUAAUUUUAAACAGGAAAUACAUAUUACAAGAUUCCAAUCACAUAUUUUCAGUUAAACAUGAUCAGAUAAUUAGCAAUAGUAAAAGUAACAAAGAGUGUCAUCAACAUCAUUGAAGGUUGUGUUUUGAUAAUUUUAUUGUUUAUCACUUUAUAUAUGUCAUUGUCUCUUUGAUUGCUAGUCUUCAUGUAUCAUAUUUCCCAUCCUGUUUUCAGCUAGAUUCUAGUCUACAAACAAGCAUUAAUUAGUAUUCAUAAAACACAGGAAGUUAGAAGUAUAUUGUUUUUUUCUGAUCCGUGACCUACUCUCCAAGUCUGUGUAUCAGCUGUGAAAUAUUUUUUUAGGUCACCUGAGUAAACUCCAUCGUGCAUUAACAUUUGAACAUUUUUCAGCUUCUCUGCAACCUCUCAACCAAUUUCAACCAAUUUUGAAGGGGAACAAAAAUUGUGAAUUUCAUGGUCCCUGCUCCCCUGGGGCCUGAGGGGUGGGGCCAAAACCACUAAAAUUAGUGCAAUCUUUUAAAAAUCUUCUUCUUUACUCCUGGACAUAAAGCAGUCAAACUGUUGGCAUGAUUGUAAU